AUGCUCUCUUUUUCUCUCUUAUACUCAUGCUCCCACUCUCUCUCUCUCUCUCUCUCUCUCUCUCUUCCUCUCUCUCUCUCUCUAAGCCUUAAUUUUCUUUUCCUUUCCCUCUCUGUCCAUCUGUCUCUUAUCUUUUUCUUUCUUUUUCAUUUUUUCAUUUCAUUUUCUCAUUUUUCAUGCAACUCUUUUCUUACUUUCUUCUUUUGUCUUUCAUUCUCAUUUUACUUUAUUCAAUUUCAUAUAAUUUUCUUUAAUUCUUCUUUUUCAUCAGUCUCUGUCUUUCUCUCUUCUUUUUUCUCUCUUCUUUUUUCUCUCUUCUUUUUUCUCUCUUCUUUUUUCUCUCUUUUCUUUUUUCUCUCUUCUUUUUUCUCUCGUCUUUUUUCUCUCUUCUUUUUUCUCUUUUCUUUAUCACUCUCUUCUUUUUUCUCUCUUCUUUUUUCUCUCUUCUUUUUCACUCUCUUCUUUUUUCUCUCUUCUUUUUCUCUCUUCUUUUUUCUCUCUUCUUUUUUCUCUCUUCUUUUUUCUCAUUUCUUUUUCACUCUCUUCUUUUUUCUCUUUUCUUUUUCAUUCUCUUCUUUUUUCUCUCUUCUUUUUUCUCUCUUCUUUUUCACUCUCUUCUUUUUUUCUCUCUUUUUUUCUCUCUUCUUUUUCCCUCUCUUCUUUUUUCUCUCUUCUUUUUCUCAUUUCUUUUCCUCUCUUCUUUUUUUUUUUCUCUUUUUUUUCUCUUCUUUUUUCUCUCUUCUUUUUUCUCUCUUCUUUUUUAUCUUCUUUUUUCUCUCUUCUUUUUUCUCUUUUCUUUUUCACUCUCUUCUUUUUUCUCUCUUCUUUUUUCUCUCUUCUUUUUCACUCUCUUCUUUUUUCUCUCUUCUUUUCUCUCUUCUUUUUUCUCUCUUCUUUUUUCUCUUUUCUUUUUCACUCUCUUCUUUUUUCUCUCUUCUUUUUUCUCUCUUCUUUUUUCUCUCUUCUUUUUUCUCUCUUCUUUUUAUCUCUUUUUUCUCAUUUCUUUUCCUCUCUUCUCUUUUUCUCUUUUCUUUUCAUUCUCUUCUUUUUCUCUCUUCUUUUUUCUCUCUUCUUUUCACUCUCUUUUUUUUCUCUCUUCUUUUCCUCUCUUCUUUUUUCUCUCCUCUUUUUUCUCUUUUUUUUUCUCUUCUUUUUCUCUCUUCUUUUUCUCUCUUCUUUUUUCUCUCUUCUUUUUUCUCUCUUCUUUUUCUCUCUCUUCUUUUUUCUCUUUUCUUUUUUCUUCUUUUUUUCUUCUUUUUUCUCUCUUCUUUUUUUCUCUCUUCUUUUUUCUCUCUUCUUUUUUCUCUCUUCUUUUUUCUUCUUUUUUUUUUCUUCUCUCUUCUUUUUUCUCUUUUUUUUUUCUCUCUCUUUUUUCUUCUUCUUUUUUCUCUUCUUUCUCUUUUUUUCUCUUCUUUUUCUCUUUUUUUUUCUCUUCUUUUUUUUUUCUCAAUUCUUUUUUCUCUCUUCUUUUUCUCUCUUCUUUUUUCUCUCUUCUUUUUCUCUCUUCUUUUCUCUCUUCUUUUUUCUCUCUUUUUUUUUCUUCUUUUUUCUCUCUUUUCACCUCUCUUCUUUUUUCUCUCUUCUUUUUCUCUCUUCUUUUCACUCUCUUCUUUUUCUCUCUUCUUUUUUUCUCUUUUCUUUUCUCUCUUCUUUUUCUCUCUUCUUUUUCUCUCUUCUUUUUCUCUCUUCUUUUUCUCUCUUCUUUUUCUCUCUUCUUUUUCUCUCUUCUUUUUCUCUCUUCUUUUUCUCUCUUCUUUUUCUCUCUUCUUUUUUCUCUCUUCUUUUCUCUUUCUUCUUUUUUUCUUCUUCUUUUCUCUCUUCUUUUUUUCUCUUCUUUUUUCUUCUUUUUCUCUCUUCUUUUUCACUCUCUUCUUUUUUCUCUCUUCUUUUUUCUCUCUUCUUUUUCACUCUAUUCUUCUUCUUCUCUUUUUCCUCCUCCAAAGCUCUUCAGUCUCCCUCUUUCACUCUUUUUCUUUCCCUAUUCCUUUUCACUGUAUUAUCCUUUUUCUCCUUCUCCUUCAAAACUCUUUUUCUCCUUCUUUCUCUCUUCUUCUUCUUUCUCUAUUCCUUUUUACUAUAUUAUUAUUAUUAUUAUUAUUAUUCUCCAAAACACUUCAGUCUCCUUCUUUCUUCUUUCUCUAUUGCUUUUCACUCUAUCCUUUUUCUCCUUCUCCUCCUCCAAAAAACUUCAGUCUCCUUCUUUCUCUCUCCUUCUUUCUCUACUGCUGUAUUUUUGCCCUCUCUUUUCCAACUCAAUGA